AUGAAAAUAGAGGAGCAAGAAGAAUUUCAUAGUAAAUUUAUUAGCUAUAACAUUCCUAGUAAUAUUUAUGAUUUAGAUAAAUCAAGCAAUCAUCAUCAUGUCAAAAAAUAUAACAAUUCAAAAGGUAUUUGUCAAUGA